UGCACUCAAGAAGAAAUGCGAUUUGUUAUAAUUUUUCCUUUUUCUCAUCUACAGUUCGUGAAAUGCGGAUAUGCCGGCAGCAAUUUUCCCGCGCACAUUUUCCCAUCGAUGGUUGGUCGACCAAUAAUACGGGCGGUCAACAAAAUUGGUGACAUCGAAGUUAAGGAUUUACAUGUCGAUGAUCUGAUGGUCGGCGAUGAAGCCUCAAAGCUGCGCUCACUACUGGAGGUCUCCUAUCCCAUGGAGAACGGUGUGGUCCGGAAUUGGGACGAUAUGUGUCACGUGUGGGACUAUACGUUCGGGCCCAAGAAAAUGGAUAUUGAUCCGACGAACACAAAGAUCUUGCUGACUGAACCCCCCAUGAAUCCCACAAAGAAUCGCGAAAAGAUGAUCGAGGUGAUGUUUGAGAAAUACGGUUUCGAUGCCACGUAUAUUGCCAUACAGGCGGUAUUAACACUGUACGCCCAGGGUCUCAUAUCCGGCGUGGUGAUCGACUCUGGUGAUGGCGUCACGCACAUCUGUCCAGUCUAUGAGGAGUUCUCGCUGCCACAUUUAACGAGGCGUCUGGAUAUUGCGGGUCGAGAUAUAACGCGCUAUUUGAUUAAGUUACUUUUACUACGUGGCUAUGCUUUUAAUCAUUCCGCUGACUUUGAAACGGUGCGCAUCAUGAAGGAGAAACUCUGCUAUAUUGGCUACGACAUUGAGAUGGAGCAACGGUUGGCACUGGAGACCACGGUGCUGGUGGAAUCCUAUACGUUACCCGAUGGCCGUGUGAUCAAAGUGGGUGGUGAGCGAUUCGAAGCGCCUGAGGCGCUAUUCCAGCCGCAUUUAAUAAACGUUGAGGGACCCGGCAUUGCGGAACUCGCCUUCAACACGAUACAGGCGGCGGACAUUGACAUACGACCCGAGCUCUAUAAGCACAUAGUGCUGUCUGGCGGCUCGACCAUGUAUCCGGGUCUGCCCAGUCGCCUGGAGCGUGAAAUAAAGCAGUUGUAUUUGGAGCGGGUACUCAAGAACGAUACGGAAAAAUUGGCGAAAUUCAAAAUACGCAUUGAGGAUCCGCCGCGUCGCAAAGAUAUGGUUUUCAUUGGUGGCGCUGUAUUGGCUGAGGUAACGAAAGAUCGCGAUGGCUUCUGGAUGUCCAAACAGGAGUAUCAAGAACAGGGACUCAAAGUAUUGCAGAAGCUGCAGAAGAUCAGCAAAUAAAGCAAUAACAAC